AUGUUGGACUGCGCACAGGAGACACGAGCUAUCCAGUCAGCUGGGGAGUUGUCGAUUUAUCAUGACGUGAGAGGUAUCGUAGCUUUGAUUGCUCGUUGGUGUGUUCCUACUCAUACUUUCAUAUGCAGGUGGGAAGAAUUUACCAUCACUUUAGAGGAUGUGGUUGCUUUAUUGCAUCUUCCAGUCACGGGUAAUUUCCCUACACCACUUUCGGCAGAUGAGAAUGCAAUUUCUGAUGUCUUGACAGCUACAAUGAAUGUUAUUGACAAAUUAUCCAGCAAGUCUUGUUAUUCUCAAUGGUUGAGGCACUGGUGGCCGAGAGAUAGAACUCCUAAAAGACCUGUGGAUGGUAUAUUGAACAUUGCUGCUUUCUUGUGCAUGUGGUUGUCCCGAGAUGUAUUUGAAGAUAAUCGAAACUUGCUGAAACCAUUCGUGAUUUCUUUCGCUAUUAAGAUAGCUCAAGGUGAGAAACUUCUUGUUGGUAGUCUGUUCCUGGGUUUACUAUUCUCCAAUUUGGACUCCUUGUUCGUGGAUUCCAGUGUUUCCAAUGGCUCCGUGAAAAUUGAAACAUAUGCCAAUACAAUGUUUCUCCAAGCUUUAUGGUGGGAGCGCUUGAAGAAUUAUGCACCAAUUCCUCGUAGCAUCAUGCAAGGAUUGAAUGCUGACGCUCGUUAUGUUCUUUCUGAGAAGGAUAAAGCCAGAAUUAUGCGUUGGUCUACAAAGAAGCCUCGAAGCAAGACACGCUUCACUAGUGUUUUAGAUAAUGAGCAUGAGUUUAAUUUCCGUCCUUGGGUGUCGAUUCCUCCUUUGGUCUCGCAGUUGAUCACUUUCAAUGACGCUGAAGAAAACAUUACUUUGGAAUCGGGUGCAGACCUGAGUGAUGGUGAGAGAUCCUUCAUACUGAGUUGUACUCAUGGUUACUUAGCAAUAGUUGUUAGACCAUAG